AUGCAAAGCUCGACUUUAGUGGAGAAUGCCAAUCGACCAGCAAUAUCGUCUCUUGCUAAUGAUGGUAGCAAUGAACAAAACUAUAUGGCUCGCGGCGGACCAUUUUGCAGUCACACGCUAGCGGACGAGGCAAACUAUUGGUGGGCACUUGAUCUUGGACAAGAGUAUAACAUUAUCACUUUAACAAUAUACAAUAGAAGGGACUGCUGUGGUAAUCGUUUUGCGGAUUUCUUUAUAUACAUCUACAACCCGCAAAUCAACACAUGGACAAAUUUUGACGAUGAACAAGGCCAGCUCUGUUUCUUUCAUAAUGGAGCGGCUCCAGCUGUACUAAAUAUUGCCUGCAAUAGGAUUAUCCGUGGCAGAUUUGUCAAAAUAUUUAAGGAGUAUAAAUAUUCCUACAACACGGACGCGCUAACUCUGUGUGAAGUUGAAAUAUUUGCUGAUCACACUCCUGAUGAAGGAAUAUUCUGCAAGCAGAAAAAUAAACAAGCAAUGGUGAGUCUUCAACAGAAUUUGGAAAAUGCAACACCAAUACGAUGCGCCCUUUACUGUAGAGAUUCUGAUAACUGUCUUGGAUUUCAGAUGGCGAAUGGUGGGCGAUGUUCUUUGUUUCAAACAAGUAUGCAAGUUGAUGGUAUUAGUGAUGAUUAUUAUGAACGAUGCUGAACAAUACAUCGACCGUAUAUGUAAUGUAACUAUUCGAAAGAUAUAGUUCUUAUUGGUUUAACUAAACUGUGAGUUUGAAUGAAGACAUAUUUUGCAAUACGGAACCAUUUGGCUUUAUUGAAGAGAAAACAAAAUUGUUCGCU